UCGUUCAAGGCGGCAUGGAGGAUGGUAGGGCUGUGUAGCUGAACAGAGGGGAAGAGAAGCAUCUUUCGUUGCUGACGAAUGUCAUAAUCAAUUAUCGUGAUCGCAAUGAUUUGACUAGCACUACCGUUCAUCACUAGUAUUUUACAACUUCAUUAGAACAUCUGUCAACGAUGGAAACCAAGAAGCACAGAGUAUAUAAGGUCGUCCUGACCGGAGGCCCCUGCGGUGGCAAAACUACUGGACAAUCACGUCUGUGCACGUUUUUUGAAAACAUGGGAUGGAAGGUAUUUAGAGUACCAGAAACAGCAACAGUUCUUUUGAGUGGUGGGAUAAAAUUCACAGAUCUCUCAGCACAAGAGGUGUUGGCGUUCGUACCUCACUCGUGUCCAAUUUGUGUGGCGAAGUGCACUGGACAUGGCAACAGUAGUGAGGCAUUCAAAUUCCAGGAAAAUCUUCUGAAAACCAUGCUGCAGAUAGAAAAUACUUUCUUUGCUCUUGGAGAAUCCUGUAGUAGAGAUUGUUUGAUUAUCUGUGAUAGAGGUGCCAUGGAUGCUUCAGCCUUUAUAUCAAAGGAAAAAUGGGAAAGGAUGAUGUCAUCAAAUGCUUGGAAUUCAGUCGAAUUAAGAGACAAUCGUUACAAUCAGAUUAUCCACAUGGUUUCAGCUGCUAAUGGUGCUGAAGACUUUUAUUCAACAGAGGAUCAUGCAUGUCGCAGUGAGGGUAUAGAUUUAGCACGAGAUUUGGAUUAUAAAGCAGCAGCUGCAUGGGUCGGACAUCCGUAUUUUGAUGUUAUUGAUAAUUCUACAGAUUUUGAAAUGAAGAUCUGUAGGAUGAUUGAUAGUGUGUGCCAAAAACUGGGUAUUGAUACUGGUGAUCGUCUUCGAACAAAUUCAAGAAAGCUUAAAUUUUUGGUUGGGAGCUUGCCGCCUGAUUCACUUUUUCCACCUUUUCAAGAUUUUGAUGUUGUGCACAAUUAUUUACAGACAAACACACCCAGUAUGCAAGCUCGUCUGAGGAAAAGAGGCCAAAAUGGUCACUGGAGCUACAUACACACAAUCCGAAAGCCAAAGAUUCGUGACCAGAUUGUGGAAGUGAGAACUCAGCUCACUCACAGAGACUAUAUAAAUAUGUUGGCCCAAAAAGAUGACUCACAUUUCACAAUUUUCAAGAAAAGGAGAUGUUUCCUUGUUAAUAACCAAUAUUUCCAGCUGGAUAUUUACAAAGAGCCAUGUCAUCCAAGGUGUAAAGGUCUUGUCCUGCUUGAAACAUACACAAGUGCUGAUGAUAGUGAACUACACAGAAUUCUCCCUCAGUUCCUGACCAUCAUAAAAGAAGUCACGGGCAAUCCUAAUUUUUCCAUGUUCAAUCUCUCCCUACGUGAAGAAUGGGAUACUACGAAGAAAUUCUGUCACUCAUUGCAAGGUACUGUUGAUGAAGCAACUGGAGACAUACAAAAAAAUGGUCAGAAAGAGCCUCAGCUAGUAAAUGGAGUGUAAGAAAAUAUUUAUAUUGCUACUUUCAAAUGCAUAUAGAAGAUGGCAUUGAAAUUAAUCUCAUUUUACAAAGUGUAAAAGUUGUACUUUUCUGUGAAAAUAGUAAGUAAGUUUCCUUUGUUCUUGUUAGUUGAAAUGGCAAGAGCAUUGCUAAAACACACUAAAUUUAUUUUACAAUAGUGUGUUUAGCUGUAAAUAAAUAAAUUUCUUACUGCAGUUAAAUUUUGGCUACAUUAACUUUAUAUUGAAAUUAUAUUAAU